AUAUCAGAUUUACAUAUGACAUAUUUACUGUUAAGAGUACGUAGAUGGAGAAAAAGGGUAGUCAUGUAAAUCGGACGCCCUUUGCCAAGUUUCACACACUGACCGAGGUACAGCACACUUGGUGUUCAGAGGCUCAUUGGAUUUGGCACAUUCUGCACAAACUGCUGUCUGAUUACGAAUUAUUAUGAAGUUCUUGCUCCUCUUGUCGGUGGCCUUCUUGGCCUUCGUCCACGCCAAAGAAAUGGGUACUCGGACUUACAAGGGGUACCAGGUGUUCACAGUGAAGGUAACGAAUCCAGCUCAAUUUGAGGUAGUCAAGUCACUUUACGAUAGCGAUGAGUAUGACUUUUGGACCACUCCUCGUAAGCUGGGCGCUACCGAUAUCAUGGCUGCGCCUGAGCAGAUAAAACAAUUGGGCAAGAUUUUUGCCGAAAAUGGGAUGCAAUUUGUGGUCAAAGUUAAGGAUGUCGGAAACUUGAUUCUAGAAGAACAAGCAUCCAACAAACGUUCCAGUGAUGGACGAAUUUCAUGGACAGCAUAUCCCUCUUUUGCUGAGAUUCGGGACUGGCUGACCUCGAUUGAUAGCCCCAUCGCAGAAGUGUCGACAAUUGGUUACACGCACGAAAAUCGACCUAUUUUCGUGGUUAAAUUUUCCACUGGAGGUGCCCCCAAGAAAUCAAUUCUUAUCGAUGCAAACAUACAUGCUCGGGAAUGGAUCGCCGGCGCCACUGCCACCUGGAUAAUCAACGAACUGGUCACCAAUCCUGAUCCAUAUGCAGACAUUCUUGCUCAAGUGGACAUUUACAUUAUUCCAAUGGUCAAUGCGGAUGGGUUUGAAUGGUCUCGAGCAAGAGAUCGCAUGUGGCGUAAAACGCGUUCAAUCAGAUCUGGGUCAUCAUGUAUUGGGUGCGAUCCCAACAGGAACUUCGCCUUCAUGUUUGGCGGCGAAGGGACUUCUCCAGAUCCAUGCUCUAACACCUACACUGGAGCUGGACCUUUCUCCGAGCCCGAGACUGCUGCAAUCCGUGACUUUGUUGUUGCCCGUGAAAGUGAGGGGGUCAAGUUCUAUGCGUACAUGACCUUUCACUCGUAUUCUCAGCUGUGGCUUCUGCCAUGGGGCUACACUCAGGGUGUGUACCCCCCUGACUAUGCUGAACAGCUCAGUUUAGGUCAGGCAAGCAUUGCUGCCCUGGAAGCCGUCCACGGAACGGCUUAUCAAACUGGACAAGGAGCUGAUAUUCUAUACGGAGUAGGAGGGGCUAGUGAUGACUGGGCAAAGGACCAUGGGAUAAAAUACACGGCCACCAUUGAGAUGAGGGACACUGAAGAAGGUUAUGGUUUUAUCCUUCCGGCCGAUCAAAUCAUUCCCAACGCUGAAGAGGUCUGGGCUGGACUUUUAGUCGUCUUUCAACGCGUCAUCGAAACUCCUGUUUAAGACACUCACUCUGCUUUAAUCUAGAUUUAUUGUGUGUAAAACCAUGUAAUAUGUAACCUCGUAUUCGACAGACUUCUUUACUUACUGACGCCUAGUUGAUUUGUGAAAUAAUUAAGUUAAUAAACCAAACUUCGUUUAUGUGUCUCACUGUA